AGAGCAUGGUGCCUCUCCCAAUUUCCGUGGUUUUCUACGCCGUACAGAUGGCACCAUCAUUAUCGUCACCAUCAGACUGCUCAAACUUAGGGCUGACUCCGAGCGAGAUAGUGGAAACGCUCAUGGCAAACUAUAGCAGGUCCGAAAUACCUAAACCACAACCUGUUCCCGUGCAAGUCGAAGUUACCAUACAGGACAUUAUGGAACUAUCUGUUUUAAGCAACAGCUUUUCGGCUGACAUAUGGUUUAGUGCUAUCUGGCACGACUCUCGUCUUGCCUUCAGCCAUCUAGACAGCUGCAGAGCCAAUAUGUCGUUUGAUGAUAAAUUCGAGAAGAUGUUAUGGUCCCCAAAUGUGUGUCUGGUUAACACGAAAUCAACUACGGUACAUAUGUCACCGAAGCCAAACGUUCUACUUAUGUUAAUGCCGAAUGGAACUAUCUGGCUCAAUUAUAGGGUCAAAAUCGAGUCACCAUGUUCGAUGAACUUGGAACGGUUCCCUAUUGAUCAGCAGGUUUGCUCGCUGGUAUUCGAAAGCUAUUCCUACAAUACUGCUACAGUUAGAAUUGAUUGGAUGCCUGUCGCGAUUACGGUACUUGAUGACAUCAGCCUACCAGAUUUUGAUCUUGCUGGCUUUCGCACGUUCAAGCAUACCGAGCAAUACAAAGCCGGUGAAUGGUAUCGCCUAACAGUUGAGCUAACAUUUAAACGACGAUAUGGUUUCUACAUCCUACAGAUGUAUUUUCCUACCUAUAUCUCAGUAUUUAUCUCGUGGAUUGCAUUCUGUAUCGACACCAAAGCUCUUCCAGCAAGAAUUGUACUAGGCGUGAAUUCCUUGAUGUCACUCACCUUCCAGUUCGGUAACAUUAUACGUUCCCUUCCACCGGUUUCUUAUAUCAAAGCAAUCGAUAUUUGGAUGUUUACUUGUGUUGCCUUCAUAUUCGCCUCGUUGCUGGAACUUGCAUUUGUUGCUUAUCAGGACAAGAAGCUAAUUCUCAAAUCAAGUCGAUCCGGUCACACUCUUUACGCCAUACUGUCUUUCAUGAAGUACUUCGACCCGUCUGCACAUGAAUCGCCUCCUUCGCAGCAUAAGGAAUCAAAUGUGGAACAUUCGGACACUUCACCUCCCUCCUUCGACGCCGCAACUUCUUCAUCACUCGAGAGAACAAUUGUGAAGCAACGCCGUACAAAUUUUUUGAGAAGAAGACGAAGAAUUCUUGACUUUGGGAGUCGUAUCGACCGUAUAUCAUUUUUCGCCUUUCCUACAUCAUUCCUCGCUUUCAACGUUUUCUAUUGGGGAUUCUACCUACAAGAGGAAACGCCUACGACACUGGACUAAUAACAUGGUUUAUUGGGCUUGUAAGCAUGAACACAAGUUGAAAGCAUACUUAACUUUGUAUGAUAGGACUUUUGUAUAGAAGAGAACAGACAAGUCUAUGGAUUUGUAAUUUGCUAUAGUUUGGCUUGUACUUUCAACGACGAGAUCACUGCUGUGUAAAGUCCACCAGUCAAUUUCUCUGAG